CUGGUUGGCACCCUGGACGUGGUCUUGGACUCCAGCGCUCGAGUGGCCCCGUACCGCAUCCUGCACCAGACCCAGGACUCACAGGUCUACUGGACUGUGGCUUGUGGUUCCUCCCGCAAAGAGAUCACGAAACACUGGGAAUGGCUGGAAAAUAACUUGCUCCAGACACUGUCCAUCUUUGACAAUGAAGAAGAUAUCACCACUUUCGUCAAGGGCAAGAUACAUGGUAUCAUUGCCGAGGAAAACAAGAACUUGCAACCUCAAGGAGAUGAGGACCCUGGGAAAUUCAAGGAAGCCGAGCUAAAGAUGCGAAAGCAGUUUGGGAUGCCUGAGGGGGAGAAGCUGGUCAACUACUAUUCCUGCAGCUACUGGAAGGGCCGCGUGCCGCGGCAGGGCUGGCUCUACCUCACUGUCAACCACCUGUGCUUCUACUCCUUCCUGCUGGGGAAGGAAGUGAGCCUUGUGGUCCAGUGGGUGGAUGUCACUCGGCUGGAGAAGAAUGCCACCCUGCUGUUUCCUGAGAGCAUCCGUGUGGAUACCCGGGACCAGGAGCUCUUCUUCUCCAUGUUCCUAAAUAUCGGCGAGACUUUCAAGCUUAUGGAGCAGCUGGCCAACCUGGCCAUGCGGCAGCUGCUCGACAGCGAAGGCUUCCGAGAGGACAAGGCCUUGCCCAGGCCCGUCCGGCCACACAGAAACAUUUCAGUUCUAAAGAGAGACUUGGAUGCCCGUGCCAAGAAUGAAUGCUACCGGGCCACCUUCCGACUGCCCAGGGAUGAGCGCUUGGAUGGCCACACGGGCUGCACUUUGUGGACACCCUUCAAUAAGCUGCACAUCCCCGGCCAGAUGUUCAUCUCCAACAACUACAUCUGCUUCGCCAGCAAGGAGGAAGAUGCAUGCCACCUCAUCAUACCCUUGAGGGAGGUGACCAUUGUUGAAAAAGCUGACAGUUCCAGUGUCUUGCCCAGCCCUCUGUCCAUUAGCACAAAGAGUAAAAUGACCUUCCUGUUUGCCAACUUGAAAGACCGAGAUUUCCUGGUUCAAAGGAUUUCAGACUUCCUCCAGAAAACGCCCUCCAAGCAGCAGGAUAGUAUCAGUGGAGAAAGGAAAGCCAGCAUUGUGGAUGAAGACCCCAAGUCUCCCUCGACUCCUCAGGAGGUGUUGGAGCAGCCUGCCAGCCCUUCCUCCACCCUCAGUGGCUGCCCGAGUUUCUCUAUGCAAGAAGUGCCAACUGCAUCCCAGGGCCUGCUCAAACUCUUCCAGAGAAACUCACCCACGGAGGUUCUGGGGGCUAAAGGGGCGAAGGAGAAGAUGAAAGAGGAGUCAUGGAACAUCCACUUCUUUGAGUAUGGGCGCGGUAUGUGUAUGUACCGCACGGCCAAGACCCGGGAGCUCGUCCUGAAGGGCAUCCCCGAGAGCCUGCGGGGGGAACUGUGGCUCCUCUUCUCUGGGGCCUGGAACGAGAUGGUCACUCACCCUGGCUACUAUGCUGAGCUGGUAGAGAAGUCCACUGGAAAAUACACCCUGGCCACAGAGGAGAUCGAGCGAGACCUGCACCGCUCAAUGCCAGAGCACCCCGCCUUCCAGAACGAGCUUGGGAUCGCUGCGCUCCGCCGAGUGCUGACCGCCUAUGCCUUCCGGAACCCCACCAUCGGCUACUGCCAGGCCAUGAACAUCGUGACAUCAGUGCUCCUUCUCUAUGGCAGUGAGGAGGAGGCUUUCUGGCUGCUGGUGGCCCUCUGUGAGCGGAUGCUGCCUGACUACUACAACACCAGGGUGGUGGGUGCCCUGGUAGACCAAGGUAUCUUCGAGGAGCUCACAAGAGACUUCCUGCCGCAGCUCUCGGAGAAGAUGCAGGACCUGGGGGUGAUCUCCAGCAUCUCCCUCUCUUGGUUCCUGACCCUCUUUCUCAGCGUCAUGCCCUUUGAGAGCGCCGUGGUCAUUGUAGACUGCUUCUUCUACGAGGGCAUCAAGGUGGUCCUGCAAGUGGCCUUGGCCAUCCUGGAUGCCAACAUGGAACAGCUGCUGGACUGCAGUGAUGAGGGCGAGGCCAUGACAGUCCUGGGCAGAUACCUGGAUAAUGUAGUCAAUAAGCAGAGUGUUUCUCCCCCUAUCCCACACCUCCAUGCUCUGCUGACCAGUGGUGACGACCCCCCUGCCGAGGUGGACAUCUUUGAGCUCCUGAAGGUGUCUUACGAGAAAUUCAGCAGCCUGCGAGCUGAUGACCUUGAACAGAUGCGAUUUAAACAGAGGCUGAAAGUGAUCCAGUCCUUGGAGGACACGGCCAAGCGGAGCGUGGUUCGAGCUAUACCUGGAGACAUUGGUUUCUCUCUUGAAGAGCUGGAGGACCUGUACGUGGUGUUUAAGGCCAAGCACCUGGCAAGUCAGUACUGGGGGGGCAGCCACACUGCUGCCAUCCGUAGAGACCCAAGCCUGCCCUACCUUGAGCAGUACCGGAUCGAUGCCAGCCAGUUCCAGGAGCUCUUCGCCAGCCUCACUCCCUGGACCUGUGGCUCACACACUCCUGUGCUGGCAGGGCGCAUGUUCAGGCUCCUGGAUGAAAACAAGGACUCGCUCAUCAACUUCAAGGAGUUUGUGACAGGCAUGAGUGGGAUGUACCACGGGGACCUGACAGAGAAGCUCAAAGUGCUGUACAAACUGCACCUUCCCCCAGCUCUGAAUCCUGAAGAGGCCGAGUCAGCCCUGGAGGCAGCCCACUAUUUCACGGAGGACAGCUGUUCAGAAGCUUCUCCUCUGGCCUCAGAUCUGGAUCUUUUCCUGCCCUGGGAAGCACAAGAAACACUCCUGCAGGGAGAGCAAGAAGGAGCUGGCAACGAGGAUGCCCGAGAAAAAAAAGGAGAGAAGGGGACCAGCCCUCAAGACUGUCGCCACUACCUUCGAAUGUGGGCCAAGGAGAAGGAGGUUCAGAAGGAGACCAUCAAGGAUCUUCCCAAGAUGAAUCAGGAGCAAUUUAUUGAGUUAUGCAAGACACUUUACAACAUGUUUAGUGAAGACUCCAUGGAACAGGACUUGUACCAUGCCAUCGCCACUGUGGCCAGCCUCCUGUUACGCAUUGGUGAGGUGGGUAAGAAGUUUUCAGUCCGGAUGGGCAAGAAGCCCAAGGACAGUGCCUGUGGUGGGGACCACAACGAAGAUGCUGUACAGGAGGACUCCUCAGAGCCUGAGCCCCAUCAGGACCCAGCUCAAGAGCCUCAGCCACCAGCUGCAGGGGACCCCCAGGCCAAAGCUGGUGGAGACACCCAUCUUGGGAAGACGCCACAAGAGAACCAGGUGGUGGGCGAAGGGGGCAGCGGUGAAGGACAGGGUUCGCCCUCCCAGUUUCUGUCUGAUGAUGAAACCAAAGACGACAUGUCCAUGUCUUCCUACUCCGUGGUCAGCACAGGCUCGCUGCAAUGUGAAGACUUCCUGGACGACACAGUGUUGGUGGGCGGAGAGGUCAGCAACCACAUGGCCACUGCUCGCUGCGAAGGCACCGUUGACGCCGACUGGUGCAUCUCCUUUGAGCAGAUCCUGGCCUCCAUCCUGACAGAGUCUGUGCUGGUGAACUUCUUUGAGAAAAGCAUAGACAUUGGGCUCAAAAUCAAGGACCAAAAGAAAGUGGAGCGGCAGUUCAGCACGUCCAGUGACCACGAGCAGUCUGGGGUUUCUGGCUGA